AUGGCCGACGCUAAGCCCACCGUGCUGAUUAUUGGUGGUCUCGGCUUCAUCGGCCGCCACUUGGCGCUCUACAUCCAUCAAAAUAACCUGGCCUCCGAGGUCCGCUUGGUCGACAAAGUCCUCCCCCAGCUGGCUCGCCUGGCUCCCGAAUUCGAACAGGCAUGCUCUCAAGACAAAUUCGUGCAAGCCGACGCCAGUCGUGAACAGCACUUGCCGCGAAUCUUCGAUCGACCCAAUGGUGAACAAUUCGACUAUGUGAUCAACUGUGGCGGCGAGACCCGUCACUCCCAGCCCGACGACGUGUACGAAGCACGCAGCUGCGGCCUUAGUAUUGCCCUCGGCAAAGAGUGCGCCCGACGCGGUAUCCGCGCUUUCGUUGAAACCUCCACCGCGCAUGUCUACAAGAGCGGCUCGUCUCCGCGUAAGGAGACCGAUAAGAUGCAACCGUGGCACAAACUGGCCAAAUGGAAGUUGAAGGCCGCGGAGGAAUUGCUCAAGAUUCCGGACCUGCAGUACUGCGCGCUGCGGAUGCCCCACGUCUAUGGUGAAUACAAUGCGGGCUACUUCGGCAUGGCAAUUUGCUUGGCCCGCGUGCAUUUGGAAUUGGGACAGGACCUCGAGCUGCUAUACUCUAAGGAUCUGAAGGUUAACACACUGCAUGUGCGCGAUGCCGCCAGCGCGCUGUGGCAGGCGGCGGAAUGGCGCGCGCAACUGGGCAAGCUGGACAGGAGCGACCCUAAGGUACCAGAAUUGUUCCGGGACCCCAAGAUGCCGGUCGCAUUCAACGUGGUGGACCACAACGAUACACAACAAGAGCAUUUGGCCAAUGCCUUGGCUGAGGUCUUCAACUUGAAGGUCAAGUUCCUUGGUUCGAUCGUCUCGACUCUAGCCAAGAUGAGCCUGGAUGAUGCGGUUGACGACAUGAACGAGGUUAGUCUGCAAGAGUGGGCGGAUCUGAUCGAGAAGAGCAAGAUUGAGCGCCCCGGUCCUAUCGGUCCUUUCCUUGAGCUCGAUGUUCUUAAGGACCAGGAUAUGUCUAUCGACGGCACGUUCUUCGAGAAGACAACAGGCUGGAAGCCUAAGUACGAGAAGUUUGACGCUGACAGCGUACGUGAGAUGGUGGAGAGCUAUAAGCGGAUGGGCUGGUGGCCGUGA